AACCAGUACUCGGAUGGGUUAAUCGAGUCUUGUUGCCGUAACCAGGAUUUGGUUGUGACUUGCCAGAGAACUAAAACUCCCAAGUGAAGGUUGUUGGGGAAAGUGGGACCAGGGAAGGAUAUGCAGAUUGGCCAUGCCUUGCAGAGAAGUCCACACACUACCAGCUGCCAGGAUGGGAGAGGGAAUUCCUUCCAUGGUACUAUAUCUGGACCCUCCUUUCUUAUCUCAGCCUCUGACAAUUUCUGCCUACAGUGACAAAGGACAGUGGUGCAGCCUUGUGAAGACACAGCGUUUUAAGAGCAGCAGCACAAAGAAGGCUGAAAAAUCAAGCUGCAUCCACUUGCUCCCGGACAGCUGUGACCUGUGUUGACAUCUGUGGAAAGCAGAGAGUGCCUGGUUGUAGCUGCCUUCAAGGUCCUGCUAGGCCUUCUGCAGCAUGGUUCAGAUAGCCCAAAGCAGCUCUUCAGUGAAGCCCUGACCUACCUACAGGGUGUUCCUGUGGGUUUUGCGAAUGAAUGUCCCUGUGACCCUCAGCCUUCCUGAGAUGGCGAGCCCGGCGGUCAGCCCCGACUCCUCCUCCCAUGAGGCCCUUUCAUCUGUCAACUCAGCACCAGCCUGCUCCCCAACCUCAGACUCUGAGAACUUGAGCCCUGAUGAGCUGGAGCUGCUGGCAAAACUGGAGGAGCAGAACAGGCUGCUGGAAGCGGACUCCAAGUCCAUGCGCUCCAUGAAUGGUUCCCGCAGGAACAGCGGUUCCUCCUUAGUCUCCAGCUCCUCAGCCUCCUCCAAUCUGAGCCACCUGGAGGAGGACACUUGGAUCCUGUGGGGGAGGAUUGUCAAUGAGUGGGAUGAGUGGCGGAAGAAGAAAGAGAAACUGCUGAAGGAGCUGAUUCGAAAAGGAAUCCCGCACCACUUCCGCGCCAUCGUGUGGCAGCUCCUUUGCAGCGCCACGGACAUGCCAGUUAAGAACCAAUACUCAGAGCUGCUAAAGAUGUCUUCGCCUUGUGAGAAGCUUAUUCGGAGGGACAUUGCCCGCACCUACCCCGAGCAUGAGUUCUUCAAGGGGCAGGACAGCUUGGGUCAGGAGGUCCUCUUCAAUGUCAUGAAGGCCUACUCCCUGGUGGACCGUGAGGUCGGCUACUGUCAGGGCAGUGCAUUCAUCGUGGGACUGCUGUUAAUGCAGAUGCCUGAGGAAGAGGCCUUCUGCGUCUUCGUGCGCCUGAUGCAGGAGUAUCGGCUACGGGAGCUCUUCAAGCCCAGCAUGGCCGAGCUGGGGCUCUGCAUCUAUCAGUUCGAGUACAUGCUGCAGGAGCAGCUGCCUGAACUGAACAUUCACUUCCGCUCCCAGAGCUUCCUCACCUCCAUGUACGCCUCGUCUUGGUUCCUCACCCUCUUCCUCACCACCUUCCCGCUGCCUGUGGCCACCCGGGUCUUCGACAUCUUCAUGUACGAGGGGCUGGAGAUCAUCUUCCGUGUGGGCAUGGCCCUGUUGCAGUUCAACCAAGCAGAGCUCAUCCAGCUGGACAUGGAAGGCAUGUCGCAGCACUUCCAAAAGGUGAUUCCCCACCAGUUUGACAGCUGCCCUGACAAGCUCAUCCUCCGGGCCUACCAGGUUAAGUACAACCCCAAGAAGAUGAAGAGGCUGGAGAAAGAGUAUGCAGCCAUCAAGAACAAAGAGAUGGAGGAGCAGAUUGAGAUCAAGCGACUCAGGACUGAGAACCGUCUCCUGAAGCAGCGCAUUGAGACUCUGGAGAAGGGCCAAGUGACACGGGCACAGGAGGCUGAGGAGAACUACAUCAUCAAGCGGGAGCUGGCCGUAGUGAAGCAGCAGUGCAGCUUGGCCACCGAGAACCUGCAGAAAGCCCAAAGCACUAUCCGGCAGCUGCAGGACCAGCAGGGGAAUCCCCGCUUCACGGAGGAGUUUGUGACCCAUCUGGAGACAGAGCUGGAGCAGUCACGCUUGAGGGAGUCAGAGACCCUGAGUGCACUCAAAGAGAUGCAAGACAAAGUGUUGGACAUGGAGAAGAAGCACAGCCUGCUGCCCGAUGAGAACAAUGUGGCGCGGCUGCAGGAGGAGCUGAAGGCACUGACCGUGCGCGAGGCUGAGGCCCUGACCGGGCUCCGCGAUCUGCAGCAGCACGUCAAGGACCUCAGCGACACCUGGCAGGCACAUGUGACACGGACAAGCGGACGCUGGAAGGAGUCCCCCCGCAAGGCAGCGCUGGGCGAGCUGCAGGACGAGCUGAUGGGUACACGGCUGCGUGAGGCCCAGGCCCAAGCCGAGCUGCACCGGCUGCGCCAGAGGGUUGUGGAGCUUGAGACACAGGACCAGAUCCACAGCAACCUGCUGACACGGACCGAGCAGGCAUGCGCGGGGCUGCAGGAGAAGCUGCAGUACAUCACGGCCCAGAACAAGGGGCUGCAGACACAGCUGAGUGAGACCAAGCGCAAACAUGCCGAGUCCGAGUGCAAGAGCAAAGAGGAGGUGAUGGCCGUGAGGCUGCGGGAAGCUGACAGCAUGGCAGCCGUGGCAGAGAUGCGGCAGCGGAUCGCCGAACUAGAGAUCCAAAGGGAAGAGGGCAUGAUCCAGGGGCAGUUGAACAACUCGGACUCUUCCCAGUACAUCCGGGAGCUCAAGGACCAGAUCGAUGAGCUGAAGGCUGAGAUCCGCCUGAUGAAGGGUCCAAAGCCCUUUGAGGACUCCAUGGCAUUCGACGGCAUCCACAUCGUGAGCCACCUGGCAGUGGACGACGACUCCCUGCACUCAUCGGACGAGGAGCUGCUGGCCAGCCCCAUGGGGGUGGGCGCUCUCCAGGAUGUGCUGUACCCACUGUCACCCCGCAACACCCGCUUCCUGCGGGGUGCCGGGAGCUCAGGCAAAGAGAGCAGCACGGACAGUGAGCCUGAGGAGCCGACCACUGCCCCUGGCCUGCAGCCCCCCCUCCUCUUUGGAGAGGCCCUCGGCAAGUGAUGAGGGGUGGGGUCCACUGCUGGCCAUGGCAGAGGUGUGGUGCCAUCAACCCUCCUCCUUGGGGAGAGACACUCAGGCUGGGGGGACCCAUUACAAUGGACCUGGGACACCUCCUGCAUCCAAGGAGAUGGCUCCCUAGCUACUGAGCAUCUGCCAUGGGCACCGGCCAUGACAGGGACACCGCUGCUCCAUUCAGCUGCCCCUUCGUCACUGCCUUUGUGCAUCCCAUGACCCUGCCCUGAGGCUUUGCACACAAGAGAACUCAGUGCUGCAUCCAGGAGAAGCGGCAGGGCAGGAAUGUGACUGAGGCCAGCCUGGACUUCAUAUGGCCAACCUUGACCACCCGUGGCCAACCCAGACUGUAUCUGGCUAACCCAGUCUGUCCAUGGCCAACUUGACCACCCAUGGCCAGCCCAGACCACCUAUGGCCAAACCAAACUGCCCCAGGCCAGCCUGGACCGCUUGUGGCCAGCCAACCAACCUACCCUCAUCACACUCAGAGACACAAGGAGCUGUGUCCUUCUCCCCACUGUGUGUGCACAUCCCCGAUGACCAUGAGAGCAUCCAUUUACAGCCGGGAGAGUUGGAGUCCUAUGUCUCCCAGCUCCAAAGGGAACUCCUCUGUCCAGGCUCCUGGUGCGGGGAGGAGGCAGGGCGCCAAGAGCCCACUCAGUCAGAGAUCGUAUUGUAUUUUUUUUGUCCUCUAGAUAUUAUUUAUUUAAACCCUUAACAGUGUCAACAGAGCCCCGGACCUCCCCUCUUCUGGGGAGCUUCCCACUAAGCUUUAAGUUCUGGAAGAUAACACUACAGAUUGCUGGGCCAUAGCGAAGUUAGAGCAAGGCAAGACCUGCUGCCUCCAGGUCUGUGAUGGAGUGGAACAGCCAACUUCCUGCAUCCGUCAGGACCCCAGGAACACCUAUCUCAUGUCCCUGCUUGUCCGGCUGGAUUUCCUCCUGGCCCAUCAUCAGAAGAGAAGUUUCCUUAGCUAAUCACCACCCACCUCGCAUCUCCCCAGCAAGAGCUGCCAUGUAGCCAGGAAACAGGUGGAGCUGGGGGAGAGCAGGGGGUGGAGGAAUGAGCCCUGUACCAUAUGGAGAAGGUUCAUCUCCAGACAUGAUGGGGUUGAGUCUGCACAGCCCCAUUCCUCUGCAACAAUAUCUGUCCCCCAGAGCGAUCAGCAGACAAAGAUACUUUGGAGCAGGCCACAUUCAUGGCCCAGCAAGCCCUGUGUAAGUCCCAUCAGCAUAUCAGAUCCACCCAUAGCUGACACCAUGAGUCUGCUCAAUGUUCUUUUAAUCCAUCUUGGUAUGGGGAGCAACAGUGAGGCCACAGCUCCACAGGCUUCAGCAGAAGCAUGCUAGAAGCUGGUCUGUCUGCACUAUUGGCGACACUCAGCAGGGACCCCUCUGCAUUGGCACUGCCAGAUGGCACCAGGCAUGGAAGAACCAGCCUAGAACACAAGACGGGAGCAGGGAGCAACCUGCCCAGCUGUGGAGAAUCCAGUCCAUCCCCUGAUAAGCCUUGAGCCACUCACAAGAGCCCAUGAGGAAACACUAUUGCAUGGAUUUAGGCCAGCUGAUGCUUUGGCCCAUGGGGUCUCCAGGCCCAGCAUGCUUCCAUGUGGAGGGGGACAAGUUCCUCCAAAACAAGGGGUUCCCCUGGGAAAAACUUAGCUGAGCUGCUGUGUGGUGGUGGUGGUAGACCCCACAUCUCGCAUCUCCUGGUGAGAUAGUGCUGCAGGGGCCAUAACCCUCAUCUCUUCCACAGCCCCUACAGUAACCCCACCACCCUAGGACACAUGCUGAGGGUCACCAAUUGGGACCUGCUGUACCACCUGCACCCUCUGGGGACGGAUCUCGGGUGUCUGAAAGGACAACCUGGCGGCAUUGUGGCCAAGGAGCAGAGACCACGUGGCAAUGAGAAGACCACCAUCAUCCUUGAAAAAGAAGCAGGUGCUGCUUAGCUCUGGGUGAGGUGGGUGAAGAGACAGGAAGUGCUGCUCCCUACUGUCCUCUCCAAGAAGAUCUUGGCCUGAGCACAGACCAGGGAUGGAGAUGCUGGGGUUGGCUUGCAUUCAUUCUCACCCCCUCCCUGCACCCUGUGGAUUCAGUGAACCAAGAUGCCUGGCCACUGGGGGCACUUCAGUGAGAGAGAUCUUCACUCCUGCUCUCCACAUUUUUCCUCUCAAACCAUCUGCCCUAGACAGGUGUCAGCUACUGCCAUGACUGGCAUCUCUUGCCCCUUUCUGAUGCCAUCAAACCAGCAUUUGGGUUGGAGCCAUCAGCGCCAAACACUUGGACUCAUUUCCCCCACUCCCCCAUCCCCCAAAAUGAUUGUCCCUCUGCCCCCAUCCUCGUACUGGAGUACAUUGUAUACUGAUAUAAAUAAUGCCUGGGAAAGUCUUUGGGUAUUUAUAAUCUGUAUAUUUUAAUAUAUAUUGUAUAUAUGCACAUGCAAACACAUGCACACUGCUCUCGAUUGCCAAUUUUUGCGAUACCUGCCACCAGAACCACCACCAGCCAACUCCGCCCCCCCCAUGCUUUUGGCUAUCAGCUCUCCAUGCCUCAAUCAUUGGUUGACUUGACUGAGACCGUUGAUUCAUGGAAAGGAGCUAGGGGUUGGCAUGAACUCCUUUCCAUGAAUCAACGGGCAUGGUUUAUGCCCGUGUGUCAUAUUUGGUGGAUUUACUUCAGGGUCUGUCCCCUUCAGCUAUGAGAUCCUCCCAGUAGUUUCCCUCUAGCAUUGGUGAUCCUUCCCCACAUAAAACAAGUACAGGAUGGAUCCAAGGCAAGCAUUUGGCCCUUACAGAGAUUCCCAGAUCCUCACACCAGCAGCUGAUGUUUCAUCUAAACCACCCCCUAGACAGGGCCUGUUGAGAUGAAGAUCCAUCCAAGCUCUGACCAUGGCGGGAGGGAGUUUUUGAGAAUUGGAAGCUCAAGACCCAAGGAGAAGCUGGCCAUGCUAAGGCCACCUCUCCAUGGGGUUUCCCUGCUCCCAGACUUCAGUACCUGCCCCGCUGGGUUGGGAACAAGGUUUGAGCUCUCACCCAGCCCCGACACUCGUGGCUGACUUUACAUGGAUGUCACCAGCUUCAGGGCUGCAUUGUGGGACCUGGUGCCUUGCUGGCUCCUUGAUCCAAAACCAAAGGUGCCAGAGACCUUCUGGCUGUCCCAUCUCCUGGUUUUGCCACUCUCUGUGGCUGUCCUGUAGUGUGUCUACAGGACCACGGUGCACUUGACCAGGAGGCAGGGAGAAAGCACAUAGGUCAGGGUGAUACAGCAGCAGGACAGCACUUGGAGCAGGGAGCACUGCCUAAAGCUGCCAAGAUCCUGGGGCAUGAAGACUUGCAGUGACAAGGCAGGUUUGAGCAGCACUGUGUUCAGACCCACCUCCAGGAGAUGCUCCCCACCCUCCUCCAAAGCCCAUACAUAAGAGCAGCAUCACCUGGAGCUCCCAGCAUGGGAUACCAUACACUAUGGGUCACCUCUUCCAGUGGGUCUGUCGCCCCCGAACUCCCAGUGCUGUCUGGGAAUCCAUGCCUAUGUAAUGCCCAGGCUGAAAGCCUCACACCGAGAUCAGCAGCUCCCAGCACUGGGCAGUCCAACAACCCAGACAACAAGGGCACACCUGGGUUCAAGCCCCACCCGCUAGCUUGCUUUGCCCAAAGCAGCCGCUGCCAAGAAUGAUGCCAGCUAAGCUGUGCUGCUGCUCAUCUGCUAUGGCCCAGCAAAAAUAGCCCACCUUCAUGAAAGUGUUGGGGACAUCCUGCCCCAUAGGGAACUGCCCACACCGGCGGAGGCCAGAAAGUGGCAAGUCAAAUAUAGCCACAUUCUCUAGUUGAGGGAGUGGGGAGGGCAUCAGCCCCCAUCUCCAAGGAUAGCACUUAGGCUGCAGCGAUCCUGCUCCAGUUCCCCAUGUGGCUGGAAUACAGGUGUCACUGUGCCCCUCUGCCCCAUCACCUUCAUCCUCUCCAGACCACAGCCAUUUUUCAGGACAAAACCGGACGAUUGUAUUAAAAAAAGGGAAAAAGUCUGUACUUUCCGAAGUGAAAGGGCAACACUACCAAUAAACUCUUUCCACUGUCUUACUAA